CUACUGACUUGACUUUUUUAUCCACUCUAUAAAGAAAGCAAACAAAAAUUCCAAAUUCCCAACCUUUUUCCUCCCUUUCUUCCCACAGUCUCCGCCGUUCAAUCUGCACACCUUUUUCAUUGUCACACUCUGCGAUUCUUCUUUAUCCCCAACUUGAAGAAAACCCUAACAACCCUUUUCUUCAAGGAAAAAAGUUCAGUUUUUGAGUCAUUCUGCAGAAUUUUCUUGAACAAAAUGAAGUUGAAGAAACCCCAUCUGGGUUUUGUGUGUUUCUUGAUAUUCUUGUCGUUUGUUGUCUCUGUAUACUCUCAGGGUAGUGCAGCAACAGAUGCUGUAGUGAUGCAAGAGUUGAAGAAGGGAAUCAGCCCACCGAGUUCACUCAGCUGGGACGAUCCAGACCCCUGUAAAUGGGGUAAAGUUCAGUGUGCUAAAGAUGGUCGUGUAACUAGGAUUCAAGUAGGGAAUCAAGGGCUAAAAGGUUCUCUACCACCAAACAUGAAUAACCUGACGGAACUGCAGGUGUUUGAGGUUCAACACAAUGCACUUACUGGGGCGAUUCCGAGUUUUGCUGGGAUGAACUCGUUGCAGAGCAUUCUUCUUAACAACAAUGGGUUCACUUCAAUUCCUAGCGACUUUUUUGAGGGUAUGACUAAUUUACAAAAUGUUAACUUGGAUUCCAAUUCCUUUUCGCCAUGGUCUGUACCAGAGAGUUUGAAAGAUGCCACUUCUCUUCAAAGUUUCUCUGCUAAUUCUGCUAAUAUUACUGGUAAAAUCCCUGAUUUCUUUGGUGGAGAUAACUUUGUUAGUUUAACAGAUUUGCAUCUGGCCUUUAAUAAUUUUGAGGGUCCCCUGCCCUCGAAUUUUUCGGGUUCUUCUAUCCAAACGUUGUGGUUAAAUGGUCUCCAUAGUAAGUUGAAUGGUUCAAUAGAUGUGGUACAGAACAUGACCGCAUUAACCCAACUCUGGUUUUCAGGCAAUAAGUUUACAGGCCCUUUGCCUGAUUUUUCGGGAUUGACUCACUUGAGAGAGUGCAAUUUGAGAGACAAUAGCUUCACUGGUCCAGUGCCAGACUCAUUGGUUAAUCUUCCUUCGUUAAAGAUGGUUAAUUUGACAAACAACUUUUUUCAAGGGCCUACGCCAAAAUUUCCAUCUUCAGUGCUAGUGGAUAUGUUGGAUAAUACCAAUAGUUUUUGUUUGUCACAGCCGGGUCCUUGUGACUCACAAGUUAAUACGCUGUUGGCUGUGGCUAAGGAUGUGGGGUAUCCCACGGUGUUUGCUGAGAAUUGGAAGGGGAAUGAUCCUUGUUCUUGGAUUGGCAUAACUUGUGAUGGUGGGAACAUUACAGUGCUGAAUUUUCAGAAAAUGGGACUUACUGGGACAAUCUCUCCCAACUACUCGUCCAUUACAUCAUUACAGAAGUUGAUCCUAGCAAACAAUUUUCUUACAGGAACUAUUCCAAAUGAGCUCGCAUUGCUGCCAAACCUAAAGGAAUUCGAUGUUUCUAACAAUCAAAUUUACGGAAAAAUCCCACCAUUUAAGAGCAAUGUAUUGGUUAAAUAUGAUGGCAAUGUCAAUAUUGGGAAAGAUAAUCCACCUCCAGUUGCACCGUCCGGGAGAACUCCUAGUUCACCCGAUGGGGGUGGAGGUGGACAAACUCAUGGGAAUGGUAAUAAAAAAUCUUCAACUGGAGUUGUUGUGGGCUCAGUGAUAGGUGGUGUUUGUGGUGCGGUUGCAGUUGCUGGAUUAUUUGUGUUUUGUCUUUACAGGAGUAAGCGCAUGCGGUCUGGUAGAGUUCAGAGUCCACACACAGUGGUUAUUCAUCCUCAUCAUUCAGGAUCUGACCAAGAUGUUGUUAAGAUCACAGUUGCUGGUUCAAGUGUCAAUGGAGGGACAACCGAAACGUACAGUUGUGGAAGCAGUGCACCUGGGGACUUGCACAUUGUUGAGGCUGGUAACAUGGUGAUUUCCAUCCAAGUUUUGAGGAAUGUCACGAACAACUUCAGCGAGGAGAAUAUAUUGGGGAGAGGUGGAUUUGGAACUGUUUACAAGGGGGAGUUACAUGAUGGAACUAAAAUUGCUGUUAAGAGGAUGGAAUCUGGAGUUAUGAGCGAGAAGGGGUUGGAUGAGUUCACGUCUGAGAUUGCGGUGCUUACUAAGGUCCGUCACAGGCAUUUGGUGGCACUGCUAGGAUAUUGCUUGGAUGGAAACGAGAGGUUACUUGUAUAUGAAUAUAUGCCACAAGGGACAGUCAGCAGGUAUCUUUUCAACUGGAAGGAUGAAGGGAUAAAUCCCCUCGAAUGGACAAGGAGGCUAAUCAUUGCACUGGAUGUUGCAAGGGGUGUUGAAUAUCUUCAUGGUUUAGCUCAACAGAGCUUCAUUCAUAGAGAUCUGAAGCCAUCUAACAUUCUUUUGGGAGAUGAUAUGAGGGCUAAAGUUGCAGAUUUUGGACUUGUUCGCCUUGCUCCUGAGGGAAAAACUUCAUUGGUUACUAGGUUGGCUGGAACUUUUGGCUAUCUUGCACCAGAGUAUGCAGUUACGGGCCGAGUAACCACAAAGAUUGAUGUGUUUAGCUUUGGUGUAAUUUUGAUGGAGCUAAUUACUGGAAGAAGAGCUCUGGAUGAAUCUCAGCCCGAGGAAAGCAUGCAUCUGGUCCCAUGGUUCCGCAGAAUGCAUAUAAAUAAGGAGACAUUCCGUAAGGCCAUUGACCACACAAUCGAUCUUGAUGAAGAAACUCUGGCCAGUGUCAGCACAGUUGCUGAGUUGGCUGGUCACUGCUGUGCUAGGGAACCCCAUCAGAGACCAGACAUGGGUCAUGCUGUCAACGUGCUUUCCUCCCUGGCUGAGCUCUGGAAACCAGCAGAAGUGGACGAGGAUGAAAUAUAUGGAAUCGAUUAUGACAUGACGCUACCUCAAGCAGUUAAGAAGUGGCAGGCUCUCGAGGGAAUGAGUGGCAUUGACGGCUCUUCUUCAUACAUUGGCAGCAGUGAAAAUACACAAACAAGUAUACCCACUCGGCCAUCUGGAUUUGCCGAUUCAUUUACGUCAGUGGAUGGACGAUAAUUUGAUUGUCCAACUAUACUGGUGGGGCUUUUGGCCUAUUGUAUUGCCCUUUAGAGGGUUGGUUUGUUCAUUCCUUGUGCUCAUCCCUUAUAUCUAUCUUUGCCUUCUUUUUCUCCCUGUCUUGGUUCUUCCAGGUUUUGUUAAGAUCCUAGUGUGACAAUAUGGAGUUUCUUUCAUCUGAUUCUUCUUGAACUUUUACUACCCUGCCUGUGCCUUCUUUCUAGGAGUUAUCCAAUAUGCAAAUAUUACGAGGCAAUGUCUGGUUUCAUAUUAAUUAGUUUGGAUUCAUUCAUAUUUUCUGAUCU